AGCUGGCCUGCCGGGGCCUGUCCUGCGCUACCUGCGCUUAGCGGCCCGGGAAGCCAGACCAUGGUUUGAACUUGCUGGCCAUCAGUGUGGGCUUUGCUGAGAGCAUAUUUUAUAAGAUGCUGGAUGCACGGACUUCCGAAAUCAGCCUGCAAUUCAUUUACAUAGAAGGUUCCUUGUUUUUUUUCAGCUUCCAAAAGAGGAAAUGAGUAGGAUGUAGCCCAGUAGCUUGUCUUAUAGAGUGAAUGGGGAAGGAGUAAAUGAUCACUUAGACGAGACCUGCCAGCAGCUGUAGAAUAGCUCUUAAGUGACAAGACUGCACGCUGGUGUCCUUGUCCUCACUGAUGCUCAGGAUCAGUCAGAAGAGCACUGGUCCUUGCAGGAGACGCGCGGCCGCUCGGCGAAACCCGCCCACCAGUCAGGGCGCCAGCCGGAGCCUGCCACACGUCUGGUCAUGUUCCGAGUCUGACCUGAGUGACAUCCGCCUGAUCGUGUACCAGGACUGCGAGAGAAGAGGGCGACAAGUCCUGUUUGAUUCCAGAGCUGUUCAGAGCACAGAGGAGGUGGCUAUGCAGAAAGCCGAGGACGUGCCUGUGAAAAUGCCUGCCAAGUGCUGCCAAGGACGCGGCGGUGGUGGCAGCAGCAGUGGCAGUAGCAGUGGCAGCAGCGUCUCCUCCCAUGGGCCUUGUGCAGAAUGUUCACAGCAUGCCAAAGAACAGCUUCCAAAGUACCAGUACACAAGACCACCUUCUGAUGUCAACAUGCUGGGGGAGAUGAUGUUCGGCUCAGUGGCAAUGAGUUACCAAGGCUCCACCUUAAAGAUACACUACAUACGUUCUCCUCCACAGCUGAUGAUUAGUAAAGUCUUUUCUGCCAGAAUGGGCAGCUUCUGUGGAAGCACAAACAACUUGCAAGACAGCUUUGAGUAUAUCAACCAGGAUCCCCACGUGGGAAAACUGAACACCACUCAGAAGAACGUGGGCCCCUGUCGUGCUGGGAGCAACCUAGGGCUGCUGCCAGCCUGUGGCAAGCUCCUGCCCGGGGCGUCUGCAGGAGGACCUCUCCGGCUCACCCGGAGCGCUUCUUUCUUCGCAGCACACAGCACGCCAGUUGACAUGCCGAGCCGAGGACAGAAUGAAGACAGGGACAGCGGCAUUGCCCGAUCAGCCUCACUGAGCAGCCUGUUGAUCACGCCUUUCCCGUCUCCAAGCUCCUCUGCAUCCUCUUCCAGCAGUUAUCAGCGCCGCUGGCUCCGAAGUCAGACCACCAGUUUGGAAAAUGGCAUCUUUCCAAGGAGGUCAACUGAUGAGGCGUUCAGCUUGGCUGAAGAGACUUGCAGCUCUAGCCCGGCCAUCGUCAGCAGGAAAAAAAUCGCCGUCAGCGUCGUCUUCGGCCUGUGCGAGAAAGAAGCCGGUCAGCGGGACUUCCAGGACUUCUUCUUUUCCCACUUCCCCCUGCUCGAGUCGCACGUGAACAGGCUGAAGACCGCAAUUGAGAAGGCCAUGGUCUCCUGCAGGAAGAUAGCCGAGUCCAGUCUCCGGGUCCAGUUCUAUGUCAGCCGUCUGAUGGAGGCUCUGGGAGAAUUCAGAGGAACUAUCUGGAACCUGUAUUCUGUGCCACGGAUAGCCGAGCCAGUGUGGCUUACCAUGAUGUCAAGUACUCUGGAGAAAACCCAGCUCUGCCAGCGCUUUCUCAAGGAGUUGACUCUUCUCAUUGAACAAAUCAAUAAAAACCAGUUCUUUGCUGCCUUACUGACUGCGGUGUUAACCUACCACCUGGCCUGGGUGCCAACGGUCAUGCCUGUUGACCACCCUCCUGUUAAAACCUUCUCAGAGAAGCGCACCUCUCAGUCAGUGAACAUGCUGGCAAAAACCCAUCCCUACAAUCCUCUCUGGGCGCAGCUGGGUGACCUGUAUGGAGCCAUCGGUUCUCCAGUGAGGCUGACUCGCACUGUGGUGGUAGGGAAGCAGAAGGAUUUGGUGCAGCGCAUUCUUUAUGUCCUGACCUACUUUCUCCGUUGCUCUGAGCUACAAGAGAAUCAACUCACCUGGAGUGAGAAUCCCAGUGAGGGUGACCAGGUUAUGAACGGGAGCCAGAUCGUCACAGCCUUGGAGAAAGGUGAGGUGGAAGAGUCUGAGUACGUGGUGGUCACGGUGAGGAGCGAGCCUGCCCUCGUGCCCCCGCUCCUCCCGCCAGUGACGGCUGAGAAGAGGUGCGCCGCGCCGCCAGGACUGCUGGGUCGUCAGGAGGGCACUGGCCCUCGACACUGGGCUCACACACCUGACCAAGACGGAAGCAAGAUCUCAGAGCACAGUUCUGGAGCUGCCAGCCUGGGAUCACAAAAGCUGGCACCUGAUGGUUCUUGGAAGCCUCCAGGCACAUCUGAGGACGAGCAAGGAGUCCCACUAGUCAGCUCCUCGAGACCUCCCUGCUGUGAGGCUGCCAGGGCAGGAGGGAAGGGAGACCCACUAGGUGUCCAGGAGGAGGUGAAGAAACUCCCAGAGCGGUCAGCAGCCUGGCUCUGCCCUGAGGGACGGUCCUGGGAGGACCCUCCUAUAGAAAAGGUCACCUUCAAGAUUGGAAGCUCUGUGUCCCCAGAGUCUGACUUUGAAAGCCGCAGCAGAAACAUGGAGGAGCGGCUACAGACCUGUGGACAGUAUGGAGAGGUGGCCAGGGCCAGCAUGGCCAGUGGCUGGGCUGAGGGCCAGCAGGGCUCCAGCUGCUCCUUCAGUCUCCCUCAGGACCGGUCUUGGGAGACAGAAGGUUUUUCCAGCCAGAGUUGUGCUGAGGAAAGCGGCAUUGGAGCUGGCACCGGGGCAGGCGCUGCGGGGCAGCUGGGCCCGUCUGACGGCCUCUUGACCCCGUCCUGUGCUGCCGCGGGCACUGGUGGGAGGCCGCUGGAGCAGCGCCGCGGCUGGCAGCUGAGAGGAGGGCGGCCUGCCUCAGAGCUGCCGGGUGCCGCGGACGUCCCCCGCAGGGGUGCCAGUGGCAAAGCCAGCUUCAGGGUCGAAGGCGUCAUUCCUAGGAACGAGAGCUCAGACAGUGCUCUUGGAGACAGUGAUGACGACAUGUGUGUUUCUGCCACACCGGGCCUUGGUCACAGCAGUGACAGGAUUGAAGGGGCCUUGGAAGUAGAGCUGCCUCUGCCAAGGUCUCAGAGCAUCAGCAACCCAAACAUAAGAAACUUUGGCCGUUCUCUUCUGGCGGGUUACUGUGCUACGUACAUGCCUGACCUGGUGCUGCACGGGACCAGCAGUGAUGAGAAGCUAAAGCAGUGCCUGGUGGCUGAUCUGCUGCACACGGUGCAUCAUCCAGUGCUUGAUGAGCCGAUCGCCGAGGCUGUCUGUAUUGUCGCAGACACGGACAAGUGGACCGUCCAGGUGGCCACAAGUCAGAGGAAAGUGACAGACACUAUGAAGCUGGGCCAGGAUGUGCUGGUCUCGAGCCAGGUGUCCAGCCUGCUCCAGUCCCUCCUGCAGCUCUACAGGCUCCGCCUCCCUGCGGAUUUCUGGUCAGCGUCCAGCUGGCACCGGGGAGGUGCAGCGAGCCUCACUGUCCGCGCUCUCCCGCAGUGCGUCAUGCAUCUGGAGGACAGGCUGCAGGAGAUGUACUUGAAGAGCAAGAUGCUGUCCGAAUACCUCCGCGGACACACGCGCGUGCACGUCAGGGAGCUGGGCAUGGUGCUGGGGAUCGAGUCCAACGACCUGCCGCUGCUGACCGCCAUCGCCAGCACGCACUCGCCCUGCGUGGCGCAGAUCCUGCUGUGAGCCGAGAGCCGAGCCGAGGGCGCUGCGCCCGGCGUCCCGACGCUUUCCUUCCCGUGAUCACUUCUCCGUCAUCGGAAGCUCGAGGGCCGCCCUGUCACGCGGGGACGCAGACCGAAGCUGCCCCGGGUGCGG